CGAUAUAUUCCAGCUGACUGCAAUUGUGGAGCACAUGGUGAAUGCCUAACAGGAAAGGAAUGCACCUGUCACGUUGGGUAUUUUGACGAUGGAGGCGUGUGUAGAGGUAAGAUUUAUAUCAUUUCAACAUUUUUUUUGUCUUCGCAGAAUUUAGUCAACAUUCACUGGUGACUUUGGGUCACCUGUAGUAUAGGAAUGAUAAUCACAUCUAACUCGCACAUACAGGGCUAGGGUGCGAAACCUCCCCGGUGAACAAAAUGCAAUUUCCACAGUUUUUUUAUACUACUAUUAUACUGGCCAGUUACUUGGUUCUAUUUACGAUGGGAGCGCUUAUGAUUAUUUCCAUCAGUUGAACGAUAUCACAUAAUUAUUUAGAAGCGGAAACUGUUUUGUGAACGUUCCGAGAACGUUCUCUCUCUCACGGUGUCCCUCUAAGUUGUUCCCGGGGUUAUUCCUCUCUUCCAACCAACUUCUAAUGACCAACCUUUUCUUUCCUUUAGAUGUUGACGAGUGUAGAACUACUUGUAUGAAAGACACCCAGCAAUGUAUAAACAGUCAGGGCUCCUACAAUUGCAAGUGCAAAGCGGGAUAUGAAAAGAAGAAUGGUGCAGCUGACGACGAAUGCACUAAGGGUAAAAGUUUGUCUUUUGUCGGAUUACUCAUAACACUUCAUCCAUGACGCUCAAACCUGUACGUGGUGCUAACUGCACUAAAAAUUAAGUCUAAAGAAGCAGCUUAUUUUUGACACAUUUCCGACAUUAACAGAAGACAUCGCUGACUGUUCAUGUACGGGUUUGGUACUUUUAUAGAUUUAAUCAAGGAGAUGUAAAGCUAACAUCCAGUUGUUGAACCUCGUAGACAACACAAUGGGAACAUACCGCUAAAAAUUCCUCACCAUGAAUUGAUGUUCUCUAGGGUUUAACCCUUUAAGGUGAUCUUACACGUGACGAUUCGCAACGACGAUUUUUAGCGAAAGACGGCAUUACAACAUUGUUGCGACAUUGUUUCGAAUGGUGGCAACAUUGUUCCAACAUUGAUACGCUGUGUUGCGCUCGAAAUCGUCUUUGCGAAUCGUUUCGUGUAACAUCACCCUUAGGUUCCAGGAAUGACCAACAUCAAUUUUAUCCUUACAAUAUCAAUAUAUGAUCAAGAGAAAAGGUUAUGAGAAUUUAUAAACUGAUCACUAAAUGCAAAAUGCUUUGUAUUGAGUUUUAAACCAAUGCUCUGAAAUAAUUCUUUAAAAAAAUGUACGGACUUGAAGGUGCAACAAGCUUUUCUGGCCUCAAUAAAGUACGCCUUCAGUAGUUCUUCAUUCGGCAAUGUUUCAUCUUAACACUUUGUCCAAGAUAGUACCUUUUUGUACUAAUUUUUCAGAGUGCAAAUGCAGAAAACAUGAGAGAUGUGACAAUAAUGGAAAGUGCAAAUGCAAGAAAGGCUACAUCAAGAAACAAGGGAAAUGCGUACGGGUUAAAGGUUUGUGUCUCACUUAUUACAGUUGAACUUCUACAAACGGCCCCCUCUCUACGAACGGCCACAUUUUUGGCGGACGGUACAACGGCCACCUAUUUACAGCAGCCACUUUCUUCUAUUCCCAAGGCCGUUGAGGAGGGGUUCAACUGUAAUUGCAAUAUAACAUCAGAGAAUACUGUACUCUUUUUAUAUUCUCUUUUUUGUUUCCUUAAGGGCUUACAUUUCACUUCUUUCUCACACCCUUCCCACAAAAACCAUCAAGGAUCCUUUCACUUGUCACCUAGUCUUGUUAACAGAAAAUAUUAUAUUUUCCUAGCGCCUUCCAAGAUCAAGGGUGACGCUUACUCCACCAAGUCCUCAGGUCACGUGAUCCUUCUGACAAGUGUCCUGCUCGGAGGUCUGGCCUUAACUGCAUGA